GGAAAAUGUAUGCAGGUAUGCCGCAGACACUCGGGGGAUAGACGUAAUUCUAACAUGCUUGUCGACGAAUUACUUACUGUUUGUUGAUUUGAUCUUGUGUUGUGAUUUAUUCUUCUGGGCAGCUGGGAAUAAUUAUAACCCUCGUAAGCUUCGCUCGUGUUCCAGUUAAGUGAGAAUAUAAUGUAACAUCGCGAGUUAAAACGAGCGUUUACAAUUAAGAUGGAUGUCCACGGUGCUGGAGUGGUCGCAGUUCUGGGUACAGUUGGAGCCGCUACCGGAGCUCUCUCAGCGGUGAUCGUCUAUACUAUUUGCGCACGUCGUCGACGAUUGCUUACUUCGGUCGGAGGACCACUCAAUUGGUUUGAAAAGGAUUUAUUGAACAGAGCCGAAGAGGCAGCCAAGUCAUCAAAGGACGUUUUGGUUGGUGUCGCACUCUCACGAGAUAAUAAAGCUAAUGGACAGAAUGGACAGAAUGACAGUCUUUCGGACGAAGACGAAUGGCAGUCUGAUCAUGUAUUUGAUAGUAUUGCCAGUGAUUCUCCGAGAAAAGUUAUACAGCAUCUCUCGGAAUCAGAUGAUAUAUCUCCAUCUCCCAUGAGUCCAUUUGCGCCGCCUAUUCCAGAAGGCACGGUAAUCGCGUCUGAAAAGCGCAUGAUAAUCGUCAGACCACCGCCACGGAGUACAGAUGGAAGUUAUUCCAGACUGAAUAGCGUCGAAAUGGAGUCGGCUCCACGGCACAAGCUUUCAUCUUCUUCUUCAACUUCUUCAUCCGAUGAAAUCAGAGGUGAAUUAAAAUUGGGAUUGAUAUACGACGGUAACGCUGGAAUACUCACCGUGAAACUUAUCGAGGCGCAUGAUCUUCGUGCUCGAGAAUUAAGCGGCAUUGCAGAUCCUUACGCCAAGAUACGUUUGUUACCUGAUCGUAACAAUAUAUGGCAAACUACAAUACACAGGCGUACUUUAAAUCCUAUAUUCGACGAAGAUUUCGUAUUUGAAGUGGCGCCUGUAUCAUCAUUGGCUGGAAGGACAUUAGAAAUUCUGCUCUAUGAUUUUGAAGCAUUUACCAGGCAUCGUGGUUUAGGUUACGUACAGCUUCCUCUUUCUUCCAUACCGAAUCUCGGUAUAGACUUAGUUAUUAUUGUAAAACCAAUUCUCCGAUAUGGAGCGGAAAGUGGAUUUAAAGCACCGCCUCUGGGUGAAUUAAUGGUCUCCAUUUCAUAUCAGUUGUCUAUAGAGAAACUGACAGUUAUUGUUGUCAGGGCAAAAAAUUUACCCAUUCUCGACGAUCCUGCAAAUGCUAAUUCAUACGUGAAGGUAUCACUUAUCCAGAACGGUAAAAGUCUCAAGAAGAAGAAAUCAAGUAUCCAACGUGAAGCCACCAGUCCCGUGUGGAACGAUAUUCUUACCUUCGAUAUCAGCAAUGGCAUAUUACCAAAUUGUGUCUUACAAUUCUCUGUACUACGAGCGAACGGCGAUCUCUUGGCUAGAUGUGAAGUAUCCAACUCAUGUCAAAGAGAGUUAUUUCAGCGCGUAUUAUCAGGGAAAGGUGCUUCGGCACAAUGGUUGCCAUUAACGGAACCGGAAGCGCAACACGAUGAUAACGAAUUAAAAAAUUAAGAAAAUUGCUAAUAUUAAAAAUAUAUAUUCAUAUACAUAUAUAAGAUGGCUGCGCUAAAGUAUUAAAAAAUUUUGUUUCUUGUACCA